UCACGUAAUAGCGUUGAAUAAUCGAAGACGCGGAAUUCGUGGUGCAUUAACCCAAAAUGGAUGGAUGGCUGACUACAAGAGAUAAAAAUAAGCUUCCACAAGCUAGUGGAGAUAGUUCUUGUCUUCCUGAUGCAAAGCAACGGCGGAUCCUUUCCUUUCUUCAAGUUCAACCAAAGAAGAAAGCAAGAUCUUCGUUAGCGGACAACACUUCUCUCCUUAAGAAAACAGAACAUUCUACUUUUGAUCUACAGACUAACAGAUGGUUGCCUUUCAACAGGACCCAAAAAGUCACAAGAAAUCAUUUUCCAGACAAAUAUGACACAUCACCUGCUGUACACAGAAAUGACAGACAUGUGUCCAACAUAAAAGGAUGUUCGCCUAAUGAUGAAAAUGCAGAAAUAUGGAAAAAUUGUUCCUACACCAAAAGAGAAUAUUCACAUAUCCCUAUUAGAGAAACAAGCAAAAAGGAAACUAAUUCUGCUCGUGAAGGAGAGAGCUCUCAUUUUCUUAAUGAAAAAAACAAUGGUAGAGACUUAUCUGAAAACACAGAAGGCAGUGUUUUAAAUUUCCUAGAGAGAGGAAGGUUAAGAAGAAAAAGAAAACUGCCCUCAUCAGAAAACACUGUUGAUGAUGAUGUGGAGGGUUUUAGUCUGCUGCAUGGAGGAGAAAAACUGAUUGUUCCUGAUGUCCAGGACAGGAUUAUACAACAUCUGUGCAUUGACCUUACUGAUGAAGAUGUUGUUUCAAAAAGUUCACCAAAUCACAACACCAACUAUAUGAAAAAUAAACGUAGAAAAACUGACGAUGACAAUGACAUCCAAUCACCCACCCCUUUGAGAACCUUGGCUAACAACCCAGGUGUAAACUCUCAGUUGUCUGCGGGAUGGAGAAUAUUUUCUUCUGAAAUAGACGGUGUCUCUGAACCUGUUGAUGUAACAGAGUGUCGUUUGCCAUCUCCCUCGUACAUGGUUGGUGAGGAAUUCACGUGGAACACACAAAACUUAUUUUCAUCUACUGGUACUUAAAAAUAAUCAAACAACAGAACAGCUGUCAGUGUCAAUAAUUUGAUCAGAUUUUAGUUUGUUAAGGAUUACACAGGUGUAUUACUGAAUGAACAGGUGGUAUGAACCGGUUUCUUCUCCCAGCAUGUAAGUAAACAGUGGAAUAACAGCAUUAAAACAUAUUAGUUAGCCAAGGCCAUUCCCAUAGACACCAGCGGUCACUAUGGAGACUCUCCUCAGGGGCGGAUCCAGAGAUAUUUUACUGACA